AUGGGAAAAAAACGUUCAAGAGAGAACGACGCUCAGGGGGAUGUCAGCAUGGGUGACCCUACCCCCAAGAAGGACGACGAUAGCUCUGACGACGAGGAUAUGGACAUUGUAAACGUAGAUUUUGAGCUAUUCAACUACGACCCUCAAAUUGACUUCCACGGCGUUAAGACGCUGUUGCGGCAGCUCUUCGACACGGACGCACAGCUCUUCGAUUUGUCCGGUCUCAGUGACCUCAUCGUCGAGCAAAACACAAUUGGGUCGACCUGUAAGGUGGACGACAAGGCCAACGAUGCCUAUGCCUUCCUCACCGUGCUCAAUCUACACGAACACCGCGCCAAACCACCCGUCGCGCAAUUAGUCGAGUACCUCUCCGAGCGGGCCAAGAGCGACGAGGCCCUGGCGGGUGCCGUGAGUGAACUGCUGGCCGCGGGUAGUGAUAAGCAUGUGGGGCUGGUGCUGGCGGAUCGGCUGCUCAACAUGCCCGCUGAGGUGAUUCCACCGAUGUGGAAUUGCUUAAUCGACGAGAUCGAGGCUGCAGUAGAAGACAAGGAGCCCUACGAGUUCUCGCACUACCUAGUAGUGUCCCGAACUUACCGCGAGGUGGCGUCGACAUUAGACCAGGGCGAGCGCAAACAAAAAAAGGCCAGGGAGGAAGCCGGGCUGCAGUACUUCCAUCCGGAGGACGAGGAGAUGCGCAGGCAUGCCGUGGCCUCGGGGACAUACGACUUUACAAAGGAAGGGGAGUCUGUUGCGGAUAGCAAGCGAGCGUUUCAGGAGAUGGGCAUCAAGCCGCGCGGGUUGAUGAUGCUGAUUGAGGCGAGCAAGUUCCAGAGCGCCGUACAAGCGAUCACCGAAUACAUCAGCACGGCCACAUGA